AUCACCUUUUCCUUUUCUUUGUCACCUCGGACCCUCGUCAUUACAUAUCAACCAAGUCUGUCCAGCGAGAACACCACAUCCUAAUAAAUAAUUCCUCCCUCAAAUACAAAUAAAUAGUUCCCUAGAAUUCUCACAACGACCAACUUCACAACCUCACAAUCUCACAAGCACUUUGGACCAACUGUACAAAUAUCGCCAUCAUGUCUGUCGAGAUCGAUUUGCAAGAGCUUGGCUUUCAUCGUACGCUACAUAAUAUUCAUUCUACUCCUACUCGACCGUCGAAGGACACGAGACAAGGGUUCCUAACAUGUGGCAGGUCCAUUCACCUCGGAGGUUUCGCAAACGUUGAGAAUUAGAAAUCCUAAUCUUACUCCUGUUGGUUUCAAGGUAGGGAAAUCUUUGCUAUUAUUUCCCUUGCUUGCGUCAAGUACUAAUCUGCUUUGCAUUCAACAGGUCAAGACUACUGCGCCCAAACAGUUCGUUUUACCAUAUCUUAUACCUUCAGGCUUCGGAACAUCCUUUUAAUACUUGCCAAUAGAUACUGCGUGCGACCAAACUCUGGUAAAUUGGAGCCGGGAAGAAGUAUAGAUGUUACUGGUAUGCGCCGUUCUGGGAUCGAGAAGUAUACACGCAUGGCUGGCGCUAAUUAUGCUGGCAUAGUUCUCUUACAGGCGAUGAAAGAGGAGCCACCUCUCGAUGCGAAGUGUAGAGAUAAAUUUCUAGUCCAAUCCGUCGAAAUUACACCAGAUAAGGAGUUUGUAGACUCACCAUCAAACGUACAUUUUGGAGGACAUUCCUCGCAUGGACUUGCACUAACUGGUUUCAUAUAGCAUGUUGACCGAGCAGAGAAGAAGGAUAUCCAAGAGAAGAAGAUUCGAGUUGUUUUCCUACCACCAAAGAUAGCAGGAGAAGCAACAGUUACACCUUUGAGAAAUGGCGUCAGUUCAGUAUGUUCUAGUCCUUUGUGUACCAUUCCCGAGGGCAGAAUUAUCUAACAUCAGCAUCCCUAGAAUUCAAUUCCCGAUACUGCCCCUCCAGCAUACCGAUCCCCAUCUCCCGAAGAAGAUUUCACCCCUGCAACCAACCGUGUGGUAUCUGGAGGCUCAGGCCCAUCUGCCUCGGUCAGCGUAAGUGACGAACCAGUUGGCAACCGCAACCUCGGCGAUGCCCGCUCCUCUACUUUCGACCCCGCCACCAACAGCAAUGCCGCCGACACCGCUCCAACAGGAAUCCCUGCCACUGUCGAAGAACUUCAAGCCCAACUCGCCGAAGCAAAGAAAACUAUUGCAUCCUAUGCCGAGCAAGGUGGUUUGAGAAUGAGAAAAUUAGCAAACGGAGAAACUUCAAAUGAGACGGUUAAUGAAGUGGCUACCAAGUUGCAAGGAGUAGAUGGUGUACCGGUACAAAUCGUCGCGGCCUUAUGUUUUUUCAGCUUCCUACUCGCAUACCUAUUCUUCUAAUCUAAAGUUGGGUUGCUUGCUUGCUCGCAUUUGGCUUUUAGGUUGUGGCUUCUGGUUUCUGGCUUUGAUGGAUUACAACGUUUUUCACGUCUUCUUUCAUUAUUGAAUGAGAAGACGUACAUGAAGCGAGAUGAUCAAAUAUUGGUGUUUUUUCCGGUGCUCUCAAUGCUGUUUCCGUAGUUCUGCUAUCUACUCUUAGGUACCUAGUUUUUUGGGUGCUAGACCUCAUCUCUUGUAUCAGAACGAAAUGGGUACAAGAAAACUCUUAAUUCACGAUUCCUCCAAAAACCUUCUAAUUCCUCCCACUUGAAUUUUCCUCUUUCUCAUCUUUUAUCUCAUCUUGUCUUGCUCUCGCCAAAACUCGACAUGGCAAAUACUACACCGAGCUCU